AGAGUUACAGAAGAUUAUAAAGGAAAGUUUGACUCCGUUAAUUUUUGUGGCUUUGCAGUUUCGAGAUACGGACACGAAAGAGGAGUUGAUUAACGAGCUUGAGAUAGUACUUGGAAGGAUUCAUAGCAUUGGUUGUCUAGUUAGAAAUCAGAGAUAUAGGAGGAGGAGACAAGAUAGGAGAAGGAGAUAAGAUGGCUAAUCAAGCGCAUCUGGGACAACUACCAGCAACUUUCUAUGCGGGUGCGAUUCCUGCUGUUAAUACACCAGCUAACCAGCAGGGGAUGGUAUCAUGCUAUUUGUGCGGAAAACUCGGACACUAUGCCAGGAAUUGCUGGUCGGCGGGAAACGGAAGACCUCCAGCACAGCAAUUCCAGCAACAGCAGCAGCCGAUUCAAAAAGACGAGAUCAUCGAGAUGAAGGCGUAUUUCCGAAAGAAGAUCCAAAAGCAGAAGAUGGAGGAAGAGAGGCGUGAGAAGGAGAUCGAAGAGAGAAGAAGGAGAGAAGAAGAAGACAGGAAGGAGGCUGAUAGGAUACGAGAAGCAGAAGCCAGGGAAGCGAGACUUGAAGCCAGAUUAGUGAGACUGAUGAGUCAACACACGAACUCCGUAAGCAUCGCGGCAUCACCAGUGGUAGUGAAAAAGAAAUAUCCACGUUCCAAAGCUCGGAUGCUCCGGGAGAUUACGAGUUACCUAGAUGAAUCAGAGGACGAAAGUGAGGAGGUUAGGGAGGAAGCGUCGAGAAUGGUGGAUGCGAUCGAGAAGAGGAAAGGGAAGAGGAGGAUUGUUGAGGGAGAAGGAAGAAUCUCUACGGUCUGUGCGAGCGCAACAAAGGCAUCUCCAAUUGUGGUCGAAGAUAUUCCUGAUGAGAUACGUACGCCACCUGCCAGGAAAGGAAAGAACGACAACGAAGCUUCAUGUGGCGAGGUAUUGGACUUUGUGAUCGAGUUGCACCGAAAGCUGUCCGCGAAGAAGGCGCCCGAUUUGCGAAAGAUGUGUAAUGAGGAGGGGAUUGAGUGGACUAAGAAAGGUGAAGCUGUUGGCGAACUGGUUGUGAGAGGAAAAGUGGGAAAAUCCGUGAUCAUGAUUCGCGGUGAGCGCAAGAAGCUGAAGAAAUGCAAGCAGAUGUUGGAGCGAGGGACAACAUUUGCGAUGGUAAUCAAGAUCACCUCAUCAGCAAUCGAGCACCGGCGGAAUAUCCUACGUGACAUGGUCAGGCAACCGUGGAGAAUCCGGGACAUGUACAGGAAGAAGUCGAGCGAACUACUAGCACUGUACAGGACAGCAAGCACAUUCGGGAGGAAGAUCACGAGGAAUCAUCUGAAGGUCAGAAUCGCGAAGAUAGUGUGUGUCGUUCACGGAAUCGAAGUGAGAAGCGUCAAGAUACCGUUUUCUCCAUCGAUUAAUACAAGGGAAGUCAGCGAAGUAACCGCGAGGGCGAUAGGCCAGAUCAUCACCGACACUCACCUUCGGGUAUAUGUGACAAAGAGAGUCCAGGUGGUUUUUUGGAAGUGCGCCAUAGUAGGACAGUUGAUUCACAAUCAGCGGAUCUGCACGAGUGCGGAGGAGGUAAGGUGCAUGUGCGGUAGGAUGGAAUGGCCGUGGGAGCGGGGACAUGUCAAAGUGAGAUUGGAUGACAUUUCCGGGGUACCAUCUUUUUUGAAGAAUUCGAGAAACGUGACCUGUGGAGACGUGGCGUCUAUUCCGGUUUUAAGGGAUUGCAUCCUAGCAGCUCUGAAGACAUGGAGCAGAGGAAAGAGGAUAAAGAUAGGAGACGAAGACCUGAAGAAAUAUAUCGUACACGAGCGUAUGAAAGACAUACGGGCAAUGAAAGGAGCCGAGGUGAAAGCGUGGAGCAGGAGGUUUGGGAACUUGGUAGCAGUUCCGAUUGAUCGGAACACUGGAGCUACACUUCUCAUCUGCCCGGUACUGUACUUACACGCAUGUAAGAUGACUUUCAACUUCAGUCCGAGCUUCGCACCCGUGCAGAAGUCCGAGAUGGCGAUUUUGAGAGAGAUAAAGCAGAACUAUGCCAGGAAAGGGUUGGAGAAGAUAGCUACAUGGGGAACAGGCGGGGAAAUAGGCCAAGCAUACGUCUUACCCAAGGACAAAGACUUGGAGAGAUGGAGGCCCAUUUCCCCAGCGACUAAAGAUCCUGCCAGACUUGCCGGAUCUAGGAUUGGACGAGCGGUCACAUUCAUGCUGUUUGGUACCAUGAAGACAGAGCACUUCGAUAUGAGAGCCAUGGAUGACCUGCGAAGACGGAGCCAAGAAAUCCAGAGAGAAUUUAGAGAGGUGGUGGACGGAAUGUAUGCGAGGAGCUAUGACAUCAAAGACAUGUUUGCGAGACUGGCACAUGAAAGUGUGAUAGACGAGGUUCGAUGGAUAAUUGAGAUACAUCGGAGGAGGAAGUUCGUGGGAGUGAGGGUGAGCCAGAGAGGUAAAAUAUGCAUGAUGGCGAAGAAUGCUAGGAGAAGCGAAGGGUUUGUUCUUCUCGAUUUUACAUUGAUCAUGGAAGCAGUGACGUACGAAUUGGAGAACACAUAUGUGAAGUGUGCAGGAGAGAUUCUGAAACAGGAUUUCGGAAUUCCUAUGGGAAGGAAUUCAAGCCCCGCACUAGCAUGUGUUGUAUGUGCCAGAUCGGAGACCAUGUUCGUUGAAUCGAUGGGAAGGGACCGGGAUCUUAUCAGGGGGAUAAGGAUGAUUGACGACAUUGCGGUAUUCGUCGCGUUUGAGACAGGUGACCAAGUAUCUAAGGACAAGGCAGCAGGGAUAUUCGACCUGUUUGAAAGAUGCUUGAAAUUAGUCAGGAAGGACGAUUGAGCGAACUCCUUUAAAUUUAUGGGAACCCAGAUAGUGAUUGAGGUAGCACCGAUCGAAUUCCACAUAUUCACAAGGUCGA